GAAACUGGCACCUCCUGAAGAACGCAUGGCUUCCUCUGCAGACUUUGGUUGUGCAGUUGAACGCAGGACCUCUGCCGAACCUGCACAUACAGUCCGUGUGAGGCUGCUCAACUGAUGGCCGUUAUUCCGUCGCUUACACAUUAUGAGGUGGUUUGUAUUCAGAUGAGCGCACACCGCCCUUUCCGAAUUCGUCGAGCAGUUAUUGCUAGAAAAGCCUUUUCUGAGUCAGAAAACGUGAAGCCUUUGGAACCGGUUAAAGUGGGGAUUGCAGAACAAUACUGCUGGUGACUUUUUCCAAGGGAGAUCACGCAUCAGGGUCUCACGGAUUGUCCUAAGUUAGUCGUAACUUGCGACAACGAUUCCUUUGAAGACUAACAUCUCGAGCGACAACAAAUUCUUGCACUCUCGUCGACGCGAUGGCUCCAUGCGACGCAUCCACGUCAUCAUAUUCCGCUAACAGCGGGAUCGGCAUGUCGGGCAUGAUGCUGCGAAGCAGCUCGCCUAACGCCACGUCAGCACCAUCACCGCCGCCAUGCAUUUCAACAUCUUCAGUUUCGACUGUCAUGAUCGUUGUCUCUAUUGCGGGAUUCGUUACUAUUAUACUCGCUACAGGCCUCCUCGUGUACAUCUUCCGCAAGCUCGGGUGGGUUCACCUGACGGAUCCUGCGACUGUACCCCAGAACGGGCCGCGCGACUGCGGGCUCUUCGCGAAUCCGCGAAUGUCGCCAAGGGUCUGGAUCCGGCAGUCAUUCGCUCGUUUCCAGUUUACACGUUUCGCGAAGAAAAAAUCGACAGUCGCGGGGUUACCCCUGAGACAACCGGGUUGACCUCCCUCCGCAGAAUCAGCCGCGAAAUUUCGCGAACGCUCAGCUCGUCCUCCCGUCGAAUCAGCAGAGAAUUUUCGAUCUCUCGCUGCCCAACUAGGGAAGAAAACAGCAGCAUCGGCUUUGGACCGGAGAAAGAAAGCGCCCGCGAAACUGGUUCAAAGCGAGGCGAAUUCGUGGUAAACAUCGAGGGUGACGACAAUAUGAAAUUUCCGCUGAGCGGCGACGAGGAGGCGCGGAGUCUUCCGAGUGGUAGUCCCACUCUGACGUGGACGAAUGUGCGCGAGUGCGCGGUGUGCCUGGGCGAGUACGCGGCGGGCGAGCGCAUCAAGGUGGUGCCGGCGUGCGCACACGGCUUCCACGCGGACUGCAUCGACCUCUGGCUCGCCGCCAAAACCACCUGCCCCAUCUGCCGAACAGACCUCAAGCCCGAAGCCCCCCUCGCCCCCAUCCCCCCAUUCCACCAAUCACUUAACAAGAAGAUCCGCGGGCGGGUGUUGCUGCAGCCGACGGAGAGCUAACAGAGAGAACUGGGGCUGGAGGGAUCAGCAGCAGUACGAGCAGCAGCAACUGCAAUGGCAAAAGUAGCAGCAGCAGCAGGCACGGGGGAGCAGCCGGAGCAGCAGCAUCGGCACGAAGGUAAACACAGCAAGACCAAAAUCACGGCGCAAAUCCAAGACUGCUUCGGUUGUUGCUGCAGAUGCCACUGCUGUUCAGCCAAGUGAUAUCCAGGUUUCUUAUUCCCUUAGGGCUGGACAAGACAGCUAAAUGCUCAGAUUGGCUGGUGCCCGAAUGAUUGAAUCAAUGGAACUACAUGAGGAAAGUCUGACACCAGGAUGUACAAUAAUUUUGGUUCUGCAGCAACAUCACCUGUAGAGGCUGAGGAGAUGACAGAGUUGCUUCACUCAGGAAUGCUAUCUCAAGUUACGGAGUACCUUUGAAUACCCAUGAUGUUCAUGUUGAAGUAAAUCGUCUGGUGUUGUAGUAGACUAAGUAUAAACUAUAAACACGAACACUUGGC